UUGUAGAAUCUUGGAUAUCCAUGGAGACCUACAAAGUUGUCUUUUGUCUAGUCUUCAUUUCUCUCCACUCUAUAGCAGCAUCAGAUGAUUGCACAACUUCCUACUGUGGCCAAAGCUUCACUGAAGUCCGAUUCCCUUUCCGGAUAACCGAUAAGCAGCCAGAAAACUGUGGUUAUUCCGGAUUCGAUCUACGUUGUGCUUUCCCGAGCAUGCUGCUCAUCAACCUCCCAGGCUCUGGUGAGUUUUCAGUAAGGAGUAUUGACUACCAUUCUCCAGCUAUUCGGAUCUACGACAGCUUGAAUUGCCUUCCUGCUAGGCUUUCGACAUUCGACCUCUCUAAUUCGCCUUUCUCAGCUCCUUACUUCCAAAACUUCACUAUUUUGAGUUGUCCAAGGGAUGCAAAAUCAUUGUCUGGUUAUAAACACAUAGAUUGCCUCAGUAAUUCCUCGUUUUCUGUGUUUGCUACUGUUUCAAAGCCUUUCAUCACAUCGAUGACGAGUAACGAGACAGGUUGCGUGAUCACCGGGCAUUUAUGGGUGCCGCUUGAUCAACCACAUGAUGAUGGGUUUACAUCACAGCUCGAUGAGGAUAUAACUCUAACAUGGAGCAAACCUGGUUGUGCGAAGUGUGAAAGAGCUGGUGAUUCGUGUGGUUAUGUAAAUAGUAACACAAAGAGGACAAAAUGUUUCUCCAACCUUGCUGCUCCACAUCCUUCGGGUGUAUUCAGAAUCAUAGCUUUUGCCUUGGCUAUACCAUGCAUGACAGUUUCAGUUGUGAUCGCAUGUUUCAUGUGCAACAAAGAUAGACGGAACGAACUACUUAACCGUAGAACCACCAACAACACGGUGACCCCAGAAGAGGUGAAUCCACCACCAAACAUUGUUGGUCUUGACCAAGCGACAAUCGAGUCCUACACGAAAGUCGUUCUAGGUGAAAGCAAGCGGCUCCCGGGACAUGAAGAUGCAACUUGUCCUAUAUGCUUAUCGGAGUACCAUGUCAAGGAGAUGGUGAGGUGUAUACCCGAGUGUCGACAUUGCUUCCAUGCAGAGUGUAUCGACGAGUGGCUUAAGAUGAACGGGACAUGUCCGGUUUGCCGGAAUAUGCCUUCUCCUGUUCAUGUCGAAUCGGAACAUAUAUGAUAUAUGUUUAUUUGGGUUAAUUCUUGUUGCCUAGUUUUGUCAAUGAAAUAAUGUAAAGAACUAAAGAUUAUAUAUUAAGUUUGUACUUUAUAUGGCAAAUAAGGUGCAUAAAGCUCCCACAUAUAUAUAUAUUGUACCGGUUCAAAAGAUAUUCAAUCAACUUAGGGGCAAUCAACUUAGGCUGUCUCUUUAGCUUU